CAUGCAUCACCUGCUUGAAAAGGGGCAAGGAAUUAAAAGUCUUACAGUCAUCAUCAACCCAUCCUGCAUAGCAUGUUAGUCUCCAGGGAGGUGCUGCAUGUGUUGAUCACCCAGCUUUGGGCACAGGGAUGGAGUUGGGCAUCAAAGCCAAAUCCGGGGGUGUGCUUGGAGCUUCCAGCUGGAUGAGGCAAGACAAGGAAUUGCAGAGGCUCAUGUGACCUACUUCUCAGCUCCCACACGCAGCCUGCAGAGCAGAGACCUAAGCUGGAGCAGACAGCUCUGCUGGGAAAUGAGGAAUUGUUUCCAUCCUGCACAGCAAUGGGAUCCACCAACGUGGUUUACCAAGCCCAUCAUGUCAGCAGGAGUAAGAGAGGCCAAGUUGUCGGCACCAGGGGAGGAUUCCGAGGCUGCACGGUUUGGCUCACAGGCCUUUCUGGAGCUGGCAAGACAACCAUUGGCUUUGCUCUGGAGGAGUACCUGGUGGCUCAUGGCAUCCCGUGCUACUCCCUGGAUGGCGACAACGUCCGGCACGGCUUGAACAAGAACCUGGGCUUCUCAGCAGAGGACCGCGAGGAGAACAUCCGGCGCAUCGCCGAGGUGGCGCGGCUCUUCGCCGACGCGGGGCUCGUCUGCAUCACCAGCUUCAUCUCCCCCUUCACAAAGGAUCGUCGAAACGCACGGAAAAUUCACGAGGCAGCUGGACUUCCUUUCUUUGAAAUCUUUGUAGAUGCCCCUCUAAAUAUUUGUGAAAGCAGAGAUGUGAAGGGCCUGUACAAAAAGGCAAGAGCUGGAGAGAUCAAAGGAUUCACGGGGAUUGACUCGGAGUAUGAGAAACCCGAAGCUCCUGAACUGGUGCUGAAAACAAACAUUGCGUCGGUGUCUGAGUGUAUCCAGCAGGUCGUGGAGCUGCUCCAAGCACAGAACAUUGUGCCACAAGGCUCAGUCAAGGAUGUUCUGGAGCUGUUUGUGCCUGAGGAUAAACUCAGCAGUGUCCGGGCUGAGGCAGAGACCCUGCCAGCGGUGGAGAUCACUAAGCUGGAUCUGCAGUGGGUGCAGGUGCUGAGCGAAGGCUGGGCCACCCCUCUGACAGGAUUCAUGCGGGAGGCAGAGUACCUGCAAGUGCUGCACUUCGGCACCCUGCUCAACGACGGUGUGGUGAACCUGAGCAUCCCGAUCGUGCUGCCGGUGUCGGCGGAGGACAAGCAGCGGCUGGAGGGCAGCGCGGCGCUGGCGCUCAGCUUCCAGGGCCGCCGGGUCGCGGUGCUGCGCAGCCCCGAGUUCUUCGCGCACAGGAAGGAGGAGCGCUGCGCCCGCGUCUGGGGCACCUCCUGCCCCCGCCACCCGCACAUCCAGAUGGUGAUGGAGAGUGGAGACUGGCUGGUUGGUGGAGACCUCCAGGUCCUGGAGAAGAUCAAAUGGAAUGACGGCCUGGAUCAGUACCGCCUGACCCCGCUGGCCCUGAAGCAGAAGUUCAGGGAAAUGAACGCUGAUGCCGUCUUCGCGUUCCAGCUGCGCAACCCUGUGCACAACGGGCACGCCCUGCUCAUGCAGGACACGCGGCGCCAGCUCCUGGAGAGGGGCUACAAGAACCCCGUGCUCCUGCUGCACCCCCUGGGGGGCUGGACCAAGGACGACGAUGUCCCUCUGGAGUGGCGCAUGAAGCAGCACGCGGCCGUGCUGGAGGAGCAAGUCCUGGACCCCAAGUCCACCAUCGUGGCCAUCUUCCCCUCUCCCAUGCUCUACGCUGGCCCCACGGAGGUGCAGUGGCACUGCCGAGCCCGGAUGGUUGCGGGGGCCAACUUCUACAUCGUGGGGCGCGAUCCCGCAGGAAUGCCGCACCCCGACACCAAGCAGGACCUGUACGAGCCCACGCACGGCGGGAAGGUGCUGAGCAUGGCCCCCGGCCUCACCUCCGUGGAGAUCAUCCCCUUCCGGGUGGCUGCCUACAACAAGCUCAAAAGAGCCAUGGAUUUCUAUGACAACAAAAGGCACAACGAUUUUGACUUCAUCUCAGGAACACGCAUGAGGAAGCUUGCUCGGGAAGGGGAGAACCCCCCAGACGGCUUCAUGGCCCCCAAGGCCUGGAAAGUCCUCACCACGUACUACCAGUCACUGGAAAAAAAGAAUUAACUCCUCUCCUCCUCCCUAGAAAUAGCUGUAUUAAGAGUGAGCAAUGGUUGAUUGAUUCCCUAUGACACAGAUCACUUGGCAUUUCCAGUGCUCUGACCCUGGAAUUUUCCUACCUGGGUCAGAGUGGAUUUUACCAAUCAGAAAUACUUUGAGCCUGAUCCUUCUCCCCCUAAAGCUGCUGGGAGUGUCCCCCUGGAGCUCGAAGGGAUGGGAGCGGGCCCUUCGUUCCCGGCUGGCGCCGGGAUGGGCCCCAGGAUCGUUGUGGUGCUGCCAGGGCCACGCAGCAGCUCCCAGCACAGAGGGGGGACCUCGGACCAGGAUAAACCCUGCCUGGAGCAGAAAUGAAGAAAGUGCCUUUCCACGUUGUGCCUUAGACCGUUUUUGCUAAUAAACAGCAGAAUCUUUUUAAUGCCCUUUUUUAAAAGGAUUUUUUAAAAUCAGCUGUGACCACUGCCAGUUCCCUGUGGCUGAGCCAAUUCCUUGCUGCUUCCUUGCUUCCUUCCUCCUGCUUGACCUCUCUGGUCAAACAAGUCCCAGGCUGAGCAUUCCUGGUGCUCCAAGUCCAGCUCUCCGUGGGGACUGUGCCCUAGUGAAUCCCUGAGCUCACAGCCCGGCAGGGGAGCCUGUCCUGGGAGGCACCAGAAAGCCCUGAGAUCCCUGAGGAAGCUCUGGACAGCAAGGAAAAGGCAGGGGUGCUGUCACCGUGCUUUCAGGUGUCCUCCCAGCUGGCAGGAUGGGAUCCCCUUUCCCUCUGCCCACACUCCUCCCAUCCCAAAGGCAAAUCCAAGGCAGAACAGCAAAGACACGGCGCGAGGUGGGUCUGGAGAAGCAGCCGAGAGGAGGCUGGAGCUCCUGCCCUCAUCCACCCCUGUGCGGGUACAGGUGACCUGAUUUACUCCAUAUCUGCGGGAUGGGGCCGCUGGGGAGAGCCAGAGGAUGACAGGAAAGCCCCUGGGCCCCCCCAGCCCUGUGGGGUGCUGCUCCCAGCUCUGGCUGUGGAAAUUUACCCCAGACUUUAUCUCCCCCACCCUCAUCCUCAACACGGACUUUGCCGCCGUGCCCGAGGCUUUUCCGCUGACUCGCGGCUCCUGCGGUGGCCUCCGAGGGGACGGAGCAGUGACACAACAGCGGAGCUUCCCGGGGCCCUCCGGGAGCCCAGGGCCACCCGCCCGCGCCUCGGGCUCUGCCCGUGGCCAGCGGAGCCCUCAGGGACAGGGCUGGUCCCGGCUCGGAGGUGCCAGCAGAGGAGAACAACCGAGCACUCGUGAAUUACAGCAACGGCCCCACGCCGUGAUUUUUGCCUUCUUUAGCAGCUGCCCCAGGAGCCGCCGGGAUGUGUUCCCAAGAACAGGAAUCAGCGCUCCUCUCUCUUGUGCUCCAGUCGGGAUUGCAGACGGAUCCGCGCUCAGCCGAACCAGCCAGCCGCAUGCUCUGAGCCACGCCUUGCUCUGCUGGGCCCGGGCCCAGCAUCCGAGCCUUCGUCUGUGACUGGAAAAUAUCCUUGCAAAAAGUCUUUCUGGCUGUUUUAUUAAGUCAUUUUUUUAAAGUACUUGGAGCACAGCUGUGUUUUACCCCAAGGCAAACGCUGCAGCCUCCGUGGGAGCUGACAGCACACCAGCACCGGCCUCAGCCACGCCAGGCCCUCUGGCAGGGCCCUGGAAGCCAAAGGCAGUAUUCCCAUUUAGGAUUCUAAAGGAGUGAAACAGCCCUGUUGCUGCUCGUCGUAAAAUACUCCAGUGUUGAACCCCUUCCCUUGCCCCCAGUAAACCCAGGUGGUCACAGCAAAGCACAGAUGUUGUGUUAUCCUUUUAAACCAGCAUAGGGUCCUGAUUACCUCUGAUUAAAAUACGUGGACUGGGGGUUUUAUAGUCUAUUUAUUGAAGACAUGAGACUUGAAUUUGUACCUCAACGGAUGCAUCUCAUGAUUUAAUAUAUUCUGAGCUCGAUACUCUGCCAUGAAACACUCACCUUUAGUACAAAUAAAUAUUUAUACGUGGAA